AUGGCAGCUUCUAACUUACUUACUAGCCACAAUGCAGGGACGACGUUCAAAGCGGUGCCCAGGCUCAAACCAAUAACCCCCGUCUCCCUGUCCCAGCAAUGGAAAGACGAAAUUACUCUACAUUCUCCCACUCUUAAAGUUUUCGUUUACGAAGGUUGGAACAAGCUUCCCGUUCCCAUCACCCACAACACAGCUGUUCCCAUCGGCAAACCCGAACUCAAACGGAUAGGCAAGCUCAAACUCUUAACACUGACCCAGCUCCGAGUUUACAAGACGACCCUCCGAUGGAAAACAAUGAAGACGAACCCGAUGUUAACACAAACUAUAUAUCCCUCGUCUAACCUCCCCCUCUUCCUCCUCCUCCUCGCAGGCCUGUCAUCUCCAUAUCCGAACUCAAAAUCAAACCCACCACCCCGUCCCUCUCCUCCCUCUCCUCCCAGUCCCUCACCGUAA